UGACGAACAAUUGACAUCAAAGAAGUGUAAUCUUCAGCGAAACACACAGCUAUCAAAAUGUUCAAAUUGUUCUCGGUCUACUUCCUCGCUCUCUUCGCUGUUGCCUUCGGUGCUGCUAAACCCGGUCUGUUAUCAUACUCUGCUCCUCUAGUCGCUGCUCCCGUUGCUGCUGCCUAUGCCGCUCCAGUCGCCGCUGCUUACUCUGCCCCCCUCGCCUACACGGCAGGAUAUGCUGGUUAUGUCGCACCCUACGCCAGCAGCUACUCGGCUCACUCCAUUGCCCACUCCGCCGCUUUCCCAGCUGCCUAUGCUGCCCCUCCAGUAGUUGCUGCCCCAGCUGUUGCUGUCUUGAAGAAAUAGAGGAGAAUUUUGAAAACUGUAAUUUCGAAAUUAAUAUGAACCUUUGCAAUGGAAUAAAUCUGAUGAUCAGAAAAAAAUAAUACAAUACUUAAGCAUAUGAAGCUACAUAA